AAUAGCCGAAGACAUCGAACAAAACCGGUAAAUAAGUCCAUAGUUUGAACGUUAAGCGAAUAGGAAAAUAGGUGUAAGUUGUAUCCAGUCAGGACUUGGCACAGUUUAUGCAUGACUGUAUCUUAGUUGAUGUCAGAACUUCACUGUAUUAGAUGGAUAAAGUUGGAAAGUGAAGAUUCAUAACAAUCUGAUGAACAAACAUUUGUUAGAGGUUAUGGAGUGACAACACCUUCAGAAAUGUACGCGCAAGGAAUUUAUCUGUCAUGCUUCUGUUUUGCAGUUAUUUGGUGUUCUGUAAACAGUUUGAAUAAUGGUGCUCGACAGAUAUCGACACCAGAUAAGUUUAACUGCAGAGGGAAACAAGGUUUCUUUGCAGAUAUUUCUAGUAAUUGCAGCUCGUUUUAUCUUUGCCAACUAAAUCGAAAAUUAAAAUUAACCUGUGCGCAUAAUCUAUGGUUUAAUCAGAAACUAAUUCGGUGUGUAGACGGCGAUCGAAAAUUAUGCAAAAACUCAAAAAAGUAUUAUCACAUAAAUAAUAAGUUAUUAAAUUUAAGAAAAAUUUUAGAAAAACCCUUACAUCGCUCAAGAAGGCAAAUACAAACUCUGUACUUACCACCUUCGUCGAUAAACACUUUUGUUGUGAGAUAUUAUUUACCAACAGGUUCGGCUUCUGUCAACGAAGAAGAUGCCUUUGGAAACGAUGGUUCCAUUUAUUUACCGGAAGCUUAUAGAGUGCCUAUGAAUCCAGAUUCAGAAAUUCCUAUAAUACAAGCUAAAUCACCUUCGCAGAAAGAUACGCGAAUUCAAUAUCUAAAAGAUUCCAACAAACAAUUAGCUACGAAAGAGCAAAACGUAAAAGCAUCAACAGUUAAAUCGAACGUUGAAAAUAUUUCGACUCAUAAACCAGAACCUAAAGAACAACGCGUUAUACAUCCAACUAACAAUCACAGAAUUAACGAGCCUCGGCACAGAAAUUCUAAUUACGAAGAAAACGCGAGAAACAAUCCAACUCAUCAUCCUCGCAAAGCGGGAUCAAAAUCUUAUCAUCCUGGCGAUUAUAGCGACCCACCGAUUUACCGAGAAGCGGCACCCACCGAAAGAAGUUACGGAUACAACGAUUAUCGUCAGCGAUAUCUCAAUCAUCCGAAUAAUUAUUAUGGAGAAGACGAAGAUGACGAAGACGACGAUGAUUACGAUUAUUUCCAUCGCGAAAGAUAUUCUCCGAGAUAUCCUCAACCUAAUAGAUACGUUUACUCACAAAAUACUCCCCGAUAUCCGGAAUCAGAUUCUUAUCCAUACUCGAAAGUUAUUUCUGUAAAUAAUCAUAAUUUAAACGGGGAAAGACCACAGAGACCGGAUAUUCCGCAAAGACCUAAUGUAUAUAGUAGUCCCGAUGGAUCGAGAAAUCAACACUCAAUUGACUAUCAAAACGAAAAUACAAAAUAUUGGAGACCGAGUGAAAAUUUUAGAAAACCGAACGAAAAUCAUAAAGAUUAUCGAGAUUCUGCUGAACACAGUAGACACAAUGAAAAUAAUUCUGAAAAAUAUAAAACUGGUAAUCCAGAAACAAGUUUUUACGAUAGCGAUGCUAAAAACAUAUCUCCAGACUAUAACCAGAAUUACAAAAGCAACGAUCCUGAUAAUGCUAAUUCUGAAAAGUAUCAUAAUGAAAGAACAUACAACAAAAAUGAAGAGUCGGACGAUGCGACUUACUCUAACAGCAAAAAUCCCGAUAACUUAAAUAAUCAGGAUUCUGCAGCAAAUUACGAAAAUUAUAAGGAUCAUACAACGAAACAACCAAUACGAUACAAUGAGUUUCCAAGAAAUAAGACUGCAGUCUGUAAGCAUGACGAGAACUUUUUAUAUAGCCUGAAUCACGCUUUACAUCUUCUGGCCGAACAAGUUCGUUUACAUUUUUAA